GUUAAGAAUUGAAGAUUUUUGAGGGUGUCGAGGGUUCAGCUUGAAGACUGUUGGUGUUUUCAGCCCUUUUCCCUAACGCUACAUGAAGAAGAACGGAGACAUGGAUACUACUGUCAAGAAAAAGGCAUUGCCUACGUCUCGUGCUAGCUUGAGUCCCCAGAGGAAAGACAAAUGCAUAGUGUUUCCCCUUGUGAGGUACAAUGAAUUACGUCAGCCUGUUUGUCAGGUUUGUAAUGUGGUUAUGGUGGAGGCUAUACGUGCACACCUAACUUCUCCUGAGCAUAUCCAGAUAAUGGAAAAUUUGAAGGCUAACACUGCAAGAUCAACUGUGCUUAACAAUGCAAAGCAUGUUAAUGGCACCAACUUGCCCAAGGCAAAUCCAGAACAACCUCAAGUCACAGAAGGUCAACUGCCUGAAUGUCCACAAGAUGUGCCUAAACAUCAGUCACCAGCAAUGCUUCCACGAGAUUUUUGUGAUGACAGUGGUAAAAUAAGAACAAGAUCUGUUUCAAAAGUAACUGAAGAGAUGGGUCUUCCUAAAGGACCAGAGCACUGGGAAUCCAUCGACUCCACAAGAAUGAAAUCCAAAGAUUUUCCUUCCACAGGUGAAGUUUUGGGAUCUUCAAAACGAGGAAGACCACGAAAAACAAAGCCUACCAAGUUCAUAAGCAACCAAACAUCCAAUCCCUCAUCAACACCCCGAAGAUCUAAAAGAAUAAAACAUGUGGCGGAUAAAACUGCCAAAAAUAUGCCUGAGGUAUCUUCAUCUGAGGAUGUAAUGAAGGUAAAAUUAAUAACAUUACUAAAGGAGCGUGCUGCAGAAAAUUCACAAGUAGAUGGCAAAGAAGUCUCUUCAGAUAUUGACUUUUUAGUAAUCUACAAAAGAAAAAGACUACCUCGAAAGAGGGCUUCAGUAUCUCCCCCUCAUCAAGAUCCUCCUGCAGCUGCUCCAGCCAAUGUUGAUACUCCUCUUGUUGAAUAUACAAAUACUGCUGAGCAAGUAUUGAGUAAAAGCCUUGUCGAAGAGGCCAAGAAGGUGAACCCUGCUCCAGACAAUUCUCAAGAACAGGUUGUUUACAGCAAGGAUCAAGAAUCCCCAGAUCAAGUUGACCCAAAGACUGAUGAAGUCUCUAAUGUAAACACCCCACUUGAUGUAGAAGCCAUUAACAAGAUGAUCGAAGAUGACCCUUUGAGUGCUAUUGAAAAUAUUCUGACAGGAAAGAUUUCCAUUUCUUCCAAGACUCCUCAAUCUACUUCUCGGUUAGAACGACCAAAAGGUCAAAGCACCUCUGCAGAUGUUCUGGCAAAAGAGCUAAAAUACUUAAUCCAGACCUUUAGCUUAGGUGAUUUUAUUACAGACUAUGAACAAAUGUCAAAGGUCCUACUUAUUCUUGAAGAGUUGCAGAAGAAUGAGAAGUCUCUUUCUCUUGCCCAGCAAGCAUUUAUAAAGGCCUUCAGACUCUUCAUCAAGAAAGCUGUUACCCACCGCAAAGAAUGCUAUAUAGCUGGAGUGAAGAAAGUCGAGUUGAACAGAGCUAAAGAAGAUAUCCUUCUCAAACUCCAAGAAACUAAAAAUACACAGGAACAAAUCACUACGUCUAUUUUUAAUGCCAACAACAGGGUCAUUGAAAUAUCUUCUUGUAUUGAACAACUUGAAGAACAAUUAUCCAAACUGAAGGAGGAGAGGGAGACCUUUCAGUUGGCUAUUAAUGAAGGCGAGAAACAAAGGGAGACAUUAAAGAAUGAUAGCAUCGUAUGGGCUCAUCAAGCUAAAGACCUGGUUUUUGAUCUCGCAGAGAUUGAGGCCAAAGUAAAAAUUCUUGGAGAGCAACAUGAAGCAGACAAAGAUGCAUAUGUCCAAUUUAGAGCAUCCUUUCCUUUUUAAUUUCCGAUUGAACAAUUGGUAGUUGUAAUUACACUCGUAUGUUUAACUGGUGUAUGGUUAGUUUAUGUUCCUUCAGGUAUUUACCAUUUAA